AUGCAGAUCCAUACGCUUAAUGCAUCUAAAAACAUUAGGACUUUAUUUCAGGACUAACCACAAGGAUUAUUUUUUGAAUGAUUUCAAGAUGAGCUUCCUAUUGCCCAAACUGACGAGCAAAACAGAGGUUGACCAUGCGAUAAAAAGUACUGCAGAAAAGGUGUUGGUUCUCAGGUUUGGGAGAGAUGAGGAUCCUGUCUGUCUGCAACUGGAUGAUAUUCUUGCUAAGACUGCCGGGGACCUGAGCAAAAUGGCUGCUAUUUAUCUGGUAGAUGUGGAUCGCACUCCAGUUUACACACACUAUUUUGACAUCAGUUACAUUCCAUCCACAGUGUUUUUCUUCAAUGGACAGCAUAUGAAAGUUGAUUAUGGGUCUCCAGACCACACUAAGUUUGUGGGAAGUUUCAAAACCAAACAAGACUUCAUAGACCUGAUUGAAGUAAUUUACCGAGGAGCAAUGAGAGGGAAACUUAUUGUGCAAAGUCCCAUCGAUCCCAGGAAUAUCCCCAAGUAUGACCUCCUCUAUCAAGAUAUUUAGCACAUUCUGACACAGGAUGGAAGGGGAAAUUGUCUCUGAAAGCUAUUACUGAAUCUGGCUGGACUGGGUGCCAGAGUUCUUUGGAAACGUGCUCAGUGUCCAGUGAGUGCAAAGUCUUGUCUAUAGAAAAUGUGGAAGGCUGGGCUGGUUGGCCCAGGGCCCAUGCUGAGCCUCUCCACAGUCAGUCACCUGCAGUCACUUUAUGGUUUGGACCAUCUCUUUCUAUUUACAUUUCUGUCUUCUAAAGACAAUACAGAGGCCUCAACAGGCAAGUUUAUUUGAUAUACAAAUAAAAGGAAAAGCUGGU